CAUUGAUCCAUUGUAUGUUGACAUGGUUGCUAGUUGACUUCUGUCUGGCAGCGAUCACCCCUCACCCGCGUCAUCAUCAUCGUCGUCAUCAUGGAAAUCAUACCACGGCAUCAGGGACAGAGGUGGUGACUGGAACUGUUUUAGCGUCGUCGAUGAUAUCGGGUACUGAUAAAGAUGUGGAUGUCGUCGAGUACGGUAUUGGAGGAACGAGUCCGUCUUCGACUUCGACGUCAACGGAAUCCCGUGGAUCUACACACACGGGAUCUACGAUAGGCACUGAGGACAUGAUGGCGGAUGAUUGGAGGUUACACACGACAGAGAAUGGUGAGGUUGUCUUGGUUACUGACGAACAUCAAGCAAAUGUAAUCUUGAAUCCAGCUAGUCGUAUUCAGCUCGGCACAGUCACAUUCACUUCAACAGGAGCAAUUAAAGGAGAAAAGGGAGAAACAGGUCGUCAAGGAUACGAAGGUAGGAGAGGAGCUAGAGGAAUACCAGGACCUCCAGGAAUAAAAGGGGAGCCAGGCGAUCAGAUCACGUUCAACGGACCUCUGCAUGUCAACUUUGCUACUACCUCGGAUACAUGUGUGCAGUCGGACACGGGUCGGGUCCGGAUAGACGAAAUAGGCGAGUCGCUGGAGAUCUGCACCGGUCGGGGUUGGAGGAAUCUAGGCAUAGGAAACAAACCUAGAUUACUACGCCGGAGCUGCAUGGAACUUCUUCUCAUUGAUGGCAUCGUUGAAGAUGGGAUCUACUGGAUCAAUCCCUCAUACGGGAAGGAUACCCAGCAUGCCGUGCGUGUCUACUGCGACAUGUCGACCGCCGGUGGUGGCUGGUCUCUGGUGGCGAAGGUCACGGACAGUUUCCGGUGGAUCUGUCCCGAGCUGGACGGAGCAGACUGCGAGAGCUCUUCGGUUGAUCCGGGAAGAGCUAACCUCUUUCACCGGGUUCAUGAGAGGGAUUUGGUUGAUCUAACCGCUGGGACCGGUUCAGAUACUGGUGUGCAUGUCGACAACUCGGUUUCCCGGUAUAUAUUCAAAACAGGACGGAAGCAGAUCCGGUUCUCCUUCGUAAGCGACGCGUCGGUCGGGAACGGUUGGAACUUUUCCGAGGAUGGAUACGCCUCGUUCCGGCAAGACGUCGAGCAUGUAAUAUUCAAAGAUGGCACGUGGGGCCUGUAUAGCAGAGAGAAUCUGAGCUACUCGUGGAAUAUCAUUACCCAUCAGAGGACUCAGUUUUCUUUCACCGGUGAUGUCAUAUGUUGGGGCAAUAGGGUCGUUACGCCUUACAGAUACCAUGAAGGUGGUCUUCACAUGGGCAUCCCAUCGUCAAGCCUCCCAUGUCAACUGGAUAUUGACCCGGAAGCAGUCAUGCUCAAGAGCAUUUACGCAGCUAUGGGUGAAAAUGGUAACUCGCAGUGGGUGGAUCGGCAGCGCAGUUACCUUGGCGACGGGUCGAUGGCCGCCGCCAAUGAGAGAGUUGCGAUCUGGGUUAGAUAGUAACGUGUGCAAAAAGGAGAAACUGUCGGAUGCGAGCAAGGGAAGAUGUUCACUGACUUUUGUUAUAGGCUACUGAAAUCCUUGCAUCUGAUUGGCUCAAAUCGAAACGCUACUGAUCACCAAUGCAAAGUUUGGAGAAUCAAGCGGUUUGAAAGGAAGUCAUUUUAACCGAG